UGCCGAGCUGUGACGCUCCGCAGCCGGGCUGCUGCUGCUGCUGCUGCUGCUCGCGCGUCGCCUCGACCGUCUCCAGCUCCUCGCGCUCAGCGGAGCUGCCACGAGAUCUCCUCGCGCUCCUGCUCACCGGCACCCGGCUGCGAGAAGACGCGCGUGAAGCGGGAAGCGGGACUGACCAGCCGCGGGGUCAUGACUUCAUAGGUCUCCGGUUCAAAAACAAACGGGCUCCGGGCAUCUCUAAUUGCGCUGACCGGUGCUGGGGGUCGAGGUCUCUGAACCCCGAACCCGUCACUCAGACAGGUUGUCGGGCUGGUCCUCACUCUGAAAGGGGUCUUCAGGGCACGGCCGAGGAUGCUAUCCGCCGGAUGGUGACUUCGAAAGGGUUGGAUGGAGAGCUGGUCGAAUGUCAGCGGGAACUGUCGUGAUAACCGGAGGAAUUCUUGCUGGGGUGAUACUGCUGUGCAUCGUAGCAGUUCUCUGUUACUGUAGACUCCAGUAUUACUGCUGUAAGAAGAAUGAGUCUGAGGCGGACAUGGGCUCGGUGGCGGGAGCAGAUCCUCUGUCUCACUUCCCCUGCAACGCCUGCAACGCCCUGGCCAUGGACGGGACCGACAUCACGCCCGUCUCCCUGGACCAGCUGGACUCGGGUUCGCACCACAGCCCCUGCCCCUCGUGUUCGCCGUACCCCGUCCGCUCUGGACUCACAGACGACAUGCGUAACGGAGGGGAGCGGCUGGGCUUCUACUACGAAAACCCGUCAGCGUCUCUUCUUUUGCCCGUCAACCCCCAGGCUUCGUCCCCUCUGAGCUACUACGACCCCAUGGACGCAUUCCCUCCCCCGCCGCGCCCCUACAGCACCGACGUCUGACUCUCUCCUCACUGGACUCUUCUUCACACACAUUUACAUCAACACACUUAACUUCACUUGCACAAGCCAUUUAGAACAAAAAUGUAAAUUUAUUAAAACACGGCACAAUUACACCUAGAUUAUUGCACAUUCUGACUUUAGUCACAGUCACCCACAGACUCAGCCCACUGACAGAGCUCCCGUGUGGGCAGCUCACAAACGCUCCAGCAAGAAUUUAUUUUCCUCUCCUAUAAAAAUCAGACUGUUCUUCCACAGCUAUGAGGCUAUAUCACCGGUGACUGGAUCAGAGGCAAGACCACUGCACCAUGUGCUGCUGCUAGUCUGAAGGAGCUGAGUGGUGGAGCAAUGGGGGAGGCAGAAGUUUGGCUUGGAGACUGCAGCCUCGAGGAGGAGCGGCGUGGAAAAGGUGGCGCUCGGCGAGAGCGUUCGCUCCAGCUCCUCUGAAUGGUUUCCACUGCAGAUUAAAGGAUUCCUCAAACAUGCAUGAAACAAUCAAAGCAACACUUUGAGGGAAUAACAUUAUAACAUGAUGGCAAAGCUCAAAAAAAGAAGCCAAUUUUACAUAAUAGCCACCUUUUAAAAUAAAACAACAUGGCUUGCCAAACCUCUCUCAGUCUAGAUUAAAGUCACUUUUUAGAAAAUAUUCUACAUGACCAGUAAUCUCUGCUUAGAGCUGAAAAACAUGGGCUUCCCCUGCUACUAGAGGUGUAUGUGCAUCAUCAUCAUUGCGCCGUUUGCAGAAACCUUCUGCACGGGAGCCAUAUUUGUGGUUUAUGAAUGACGUUGCACCAAAUUUGUGUAAAUAAGGUUGCUUAAGAUCGUCGUUAGAUCUGAUGCGUCACUCUUCUUCUCUCAAACUGAAAGCAUGAAGAGUCAAGGAAAUUCCUGACUCUCAGUUCAAGCUUAAGUGACUGAUGGAUUUUUUUUUUUUUUAACCUCUCACAUCAGCAGGAAGUCACAUGGGAACCGAGAGUUAAAAUCUGAUUAGCAAUGAAGGCACAUGAUGGAUCUGUGUUCAUGUUGCUUCACCAUAUAAAGGAGUUUCCUCCACAUCGGCUCAGUUUCUGUUUCUCUUUCUCUUUCCGGAUGUUAACUCAGACACUCAGAGUGUCUGAGUUAACGCCCCCUCAGCCUUUCAGCCGACUGUACAUGAGGGCUAACAGUUUUCUACGAGGCGUAGUCGUUUGCCAGUAAUAGAAACUCACCGUGGAGUUUUGUCCAGAGGUGAAACAGGGAACGGGAAGGGGACUUUUUAUGCAAUUUUGUGCAUCUUGCAGUUUUUUUUGUUUUUUGUUUUUUUCAAUCUCACAUGUGUUUUAGUUGUGAUCUCUAUUCUGGUAAAUGUAAAGAGGCCGGACUAUUAAAAUGAAAAUGGUUUGUUUCGUGGUGUAAAAGCUGGUGGUGCUGUGAGUCAGACGAAAGAUAACCGACAGUCCAUUAUUUUAUUUUAUUUUUCAAAGUGAAAACGUGAUUUAAAAAAAUCCAACAGAAAGUAAGAUUGUGUACUAUAUUUUAGUGAUUUAAAAAAAAAAAGCCAUCCUGUCUGCCACGGUACAGUAACAAGAUGCAGUGUUAUUUCACAAUAUAAGCCUGAAUUGAUACAUAUUUUUGUGAAACUUCUGGUGAAUGUCAUUGUUGGUUUAUUAUUUCCUACUCUUCUAUUUAAUGUUCUCUUUGUAUUUUGUUCCUGUCAGAAAAAUGCGGCACUUUAAGUAGGAACAGGAAAUGAAUAUUUAGAGAAAAUUAUGCUAAAAGUUGUGCUCAGAUAAACAAAUAUACUACUGCUGAGACUUCGAUUUAAGAAACGGUAUUUUGUCACAAACGAGUGAUUUGCACAAGUGUUCGCAGUCCGUCAACAUCUUCACUUUUUGUUACAACUUUCCUGUCAGUUUUGGGGUUUCAUGCCGUAGACCAACACAAAGAACAUCCGAGUUGUGAAGUGAACGAAAGGGGGGCGAAAAAAACAAUUAAAAAUGUGAGAAACGUCACAUGCAUUUUUCAUAUCCACCCCGAGCCACUUCAAUUGUUCCUUUAAAGAAAAUAUCUACCAGUUUUAUUCUUCCAAGCUUUUUCAGGGUUUUUCCUGGCCAUCUUUUUAAAUUGCAAAAUAAAUCCAGUUCUGUCAAAUUAGGUCGAUGACAUCAGUCACACCCAAAGAUUCUCAUUUGGAUUUAGGUUUCAGACUUUGACUAGGUCAUUCUAACACGUGAUUUUUCUUUCAUCCAUUUAGCUCUGACUGUGUUCAGGGCCUUUAUCCAGGCGGAAGGUGAAACCUCUUCUCCAGUUUCAAGUGUUUUGGAGGGUCGCCUCCUGUUUAGCGCCAUUCAUUUCCUGAUCGACUCUGAGCAGGCACCACCCCCCAGCAUGAUGCUGCCGCCACCAUGUUUCUCUGCUGGGUUUCUUCCACACAGACUCCACGUCAGAGUAGCAGAGUAAAGGGGAAUGAAUGCAUUUGUCUUUGUAAAACACUUGCGUUUGUCUGCUGCACAAAACCUCAACAAACUGCAAAUGCGAAGAAUUUCCAUGUGAAAAUGCGUUUUUCUCUUUAAGGUUGUCGACGCAGAGCUUUGCCUCAUCAAUUUGCUGUUUCAAAUGCGCUUUUGUGUUUCCACGAUGAAGCACAAUGUCAUUCCCUUUCUCUGGCAGAUGCAGCUGUGUGCUUUUGUUCAUCGUUUUGCUCUUAUUUUCAGAUUUCUCUGAUUUCUUUUCAGCGGUAUUGAAGGGUUAUCUUUCGGCGCACCCUGUUAGAGUGAGAAAAUGCAUCACCUGUUCACACCUUUCUAUUAUUAUUAUCAUUGUUAUUUC